AUGCCAGAGGUCAAGAAGAACCCCACUACCGUUGUCGAGGACGAUCUGGACGACGACUUCCUCGAUGGUGCCUUGGACGGCUUCACUUCCGCCAAGCCCGCUGCUCCCGUCAAGCCCACUGCUACCCAAAAGGUCGACAGCGCCGCCUCUACCACAUCUUCCAAGCCCGCAAAAACACCCGAGUCGCUUUUGCUGAACCCAGAGGACCUCGAGGAUGACGACGAGGCUGCUGUUGGAGGUCUGGAUGCUGAAUUCUCCAAGCAGCUCGCUUCGGGCAUGGAGGAACUCAUGAAGGAGAUGAACGGUAACACCGAGUUGCAAAAGUCGUUCGAGGAGAUGUUCAAGGGAUUGGAUGUCAACGGAAAGUCCACGGCAGCACCAACACCCAAGGCUGCCAGUGCGGCCAGCUUCCAGGACAGGAUUGCAAAGACCAUGGACAAGUUGAAAGACAGCUCAGAGCAGGUCGAUGCCCAAGUUGCAGAGGAAUCUGAGGAGGCGCUUAUGGCCGAGAUGAUGAAGCAGAUGGAGGGUAUGGCUGAGGGUGGCGAUUUCCAGAACGUCCUUGAGGGCAUGAUGGAGCAAUUGAUGUCCAAGGACAUCCUCUACGAGCCCAUGUUAGACUUGCAGAACAAGUACCCCCAAUGGCUCAAGGACAACAAGGACAAGAUUUCGGCAGAGGAGUAUGCCCGCUACGAGAAGCAGUAUGGCUAUGUCAAGGAAAUUGUGGAGUUCUUCGAUCGCCCCGAUUUCGACGAAAAGAGCGAUACUCAGGCCAAGAGUGUCAUCGAUCUUAUGCAGGGCAUGCAAGAUUGCGGACAGCCACCUGCAGAUAUUUUGGACGAGCUUGCCCCUGGUCUUGAGAUGGGUGCUGACGGUGUUCCUAAAAUGCCUGACAUGCCCGAGUGCAACAUGCAAUAG